AUGAAUCCCAUAAUAUCAUGCUCCAUUGGCAAUGCUUCAAUUAUUCCUGGAGUUGCGUAUUCGACAAGGAAGAAUAACACUUUAACUAGACUCAGUUUUUCAAGGAGUUCUUUAAAACAAGGAUCGUCGACUCGGAGAUUUCUCUUUCCUUCAUUUGUCGUCAAUGGAGUGUUUCCGCAGAACAAACGGAUAUGCUCUUAUCGUAGGAAAUCUAGAACCUCCAUAUCAGCCACAGAAACAGAAGCACCCGUGGAGGUAACAGGUUUACCUAUUGCAGAUGAAGUUUCUAGUGAAUCUCCUUCAGUUGAAGUUGUAAAAAGCGUAGAUUCAUCUCCUAAGUCCGAUGAGAACACUAGUUCUGUAAAAGCAAAACGUGUAAUACCGAGGAGGAAAAGCGAGAUGCCUCCGGUAAAGAAAGAGGAAUUGAUUCCAGGUGCAGAAUUUACGGGGAAAGUAGUAUCUAUCCGGACGUUCGGUGCAUUUGUUGAUAUCGGAGCUUUCUCAGACGGACUUGUUCAUAUUUCUAUGUUGAGUGAUAGUUAUGUAAAGGAUGUUGCGAGUGUUCUUUCUGUUGGACAAGAAGUGAAGGUGAAGCUGAUUGAAGUGAACGAUGAAACUAAGCGUAUAUCUCUCUCUAUGCGUGAGAAUGCUGACACUGGCAAACGUAACGAUGCACCGAACACUACGGGGAGAUACAACCCUGAUAGGAGGGAUCCUUCAAAAUCUGGUACUGGCAAACGUAAUGAUGCACCGAACACUACAGAAAGAUACAACCCUGAUAGGAGGGACCCUUCAAAAUCUGGUACGAAGAAACAAACGAAAUUAUCCGUAGGUCAGGAGUUGAACGGUACGGUGAAGAAUGCAAUAAGGAGUGGUACUUUUAUAUCUCUUCCGGAAGGUGAGGAGGGAUUUCUACCGAUAAAUGAGGAGAGUGACAAUCCAGUUACGAAAGUAAUGGGAAAAUCUUCGUUGAAGGAUGGUCAAGAAGUUAGCGUACGGGUUUUGCGUAUCACAAGAGGACAAGCGACGUUGACUAUGAAGAAGGAAGGAGCUGUUCCGGAAUCAGGCAGUCCAUAUGAACUACAAAAGAGUAUGGGUGUUGGAACAAACCCUUUUACAAUGGCUUUUCGUAAAAAUAAGGAUAUUGCUAAAUUUCUGGAUGAGAGGGAGAAAGUUCAAAGCGAAGGGAAAUCAUCAGCAACAAAAACUGAGGAAGAUGUUGGAACUAGUUCAUCGGUCGGUUCCUCAACAACUGUUGCAGAUGAUGAAAGCAGUCAAGGAAGUAUUAUAAAUGGUGACGCCGAGAAGGAAACGGAGGAAGCUUCUGAAGGGGAUAUAUCUGCUGUCAAUCCAAUAGUCGAGGAAGCUAUUCAGACAGAUAUCACAAGUGAUGUAGAAACCGAGUCACCAGUUGAAGCGACUGAUGAGAAUGUAAUAGAAAGUGGAGUUGAUCAAAUUGUUGCGGAAGAUGAAAAACAAUCAGAAGCUGAUAAUGAAAAAGAAGAACUUGUAGCUGAAACGCAGACAGAUAAUGAAGCAGUUGAGCCCGUCCCUGUUGUUACAGAAUCAGACAUAACAUCAAGUGCACCAGCUCUUCAAGAAACAGCAGAGAACAAGGACAAUGUUGAAGCUGUUCCAGAGAACAAUGACAAUGUUGAAGCUGUUCCAGAGAACAAUGAGAGUGAUUUGUCUCCCGAGGGAAGCUUGAACAAAGAUGGAACCGAAGAAAACAAUCAAAUUCCCUCUCCUGAAAGUCCUCCCACUGAAGAAGUGCAAGAAGAACAAACACCUGUGGCAGCAGAAGUUGAAGAGGAAAACAAUCAAAUUCCCUCUCCAGAAAGUCCUCCCACUGAAGAAGUGCAAGAAAAACAAACACCUGUGGCAGCAGAAGUUGAAGAGGUUGCAAUUGCAUCCGAGACAAACAGCACCUUAUCUAGUUCUAAUGAACAAACCGAAAUUACUGCAUCAGAUGAAGGCUCGAGUAAAGCAACCAUAUCACCAACACUUGUGAAGCAACUUCGGGAUGAAACCGGAGCUGGAAUGAUGGACUGCAAAAAUGCUCUAUCAGAGAGUGAAGGCGAUAUUAUUAAAGCACAAGAGCUCCUUAGGAAAAAAGGCAUAGCAAGCGCAGACAAGAAAGCAGCCAGAGCAACUGCUGAAGGAAGGAUAGGUUCUUACAUCCACGACAGCAGGAUCGGUGUUUUGGUAGAAGUAAACUGCGAGACCGAUUUUGUCUCCCGAGGUGAAAUUUUUAAAGAGGUUGUUGAGGAUAUAGCCAUGCAAGUGGCUGCGUGUCCUCAAGUAGAGUAUAUUGCUACUGAAGAUGUUCCUGAGGAAUUCGUGAACAAAGAAAAAGAGAUAGAAAUGCAGAAAGAAGAUCUUGCUUCGAAACCGGAGCAAAUCAGAUCGAGGAUUGUUGAAGGACGGAUAAGGAAAAGACUCGAGGAAUUGGCUUUGCUUGAGCAGCCCUACAUCAAGAAUGACAAAGUUCCCAUAAAGGAUUGGGUCAAGCAGACAAUUGCAACUAUUGGAGAAAAUAUUAAAGUUACGAGGUUUGUGCGGUUCAACCUCGGCGAAGGUUUGGAAAAGAAAAGCCAGGAUUUUGCUGCUGAAGUAGCUGCACAAACUGCAGCAAAACCAGUGACUACACCGGUGAAAGAGGAGCCUGCUGCUGCCGAAGUCAAGGAAACUGAACAAAAGAAACCAGCAGUAUCGAUCUCGGCCUCAUUGGUUAAACAGUUAAGGGAAGAAACCGGUGCGGGGAUGAUGGACUGUAAGAAAGCUCUUGCUGAAACCGAAGGUGAUCUUGAAAAGGCGCAAGCAUACCUCAGGAAAAAGGGUCUCUCGUCCGCUGACAAGAAAUCCGGAAGACUUGCAGCUGAAGGAAGAAUUGGUACAUACAUUCACGAUUCACGCAUAGGAGUUCUAAUCGAAGUCAACUGUGAAACCGACUUUGUUGGCAGAAGUGAGAAAUUUAAGGAACUGGUCGAUGAUCUUGCAAUGCAAGUUGUGGCUUGUCCACAGGUUCAGUUUGUAUCGAUUGAAGAUAUUCCAGAAGCCAUUGUGAAGAAGGAAAAAGAACUCGAGAUGCAACGGGAAGACCUUGCUUCAAAACCCGAGAACAUAAGAGAGAGAAUUGUUGAGGGAAGAAUCUCAAAGAGGUUAGGAGAGCUUGCUCUUCUAGAGCAGCCUUUCAUUAAGGAUGACAGUGUGUUGGUGAAAGAUUUGGUGAAGCAAAGUAUAGCUGCCAUUGGAGAGAACAUUAAAGUGCGGCGUUUUGCUCGGUUCACUCUCGGAGAGACAGUUGAAAAAGAAACAACAGUUGCAGCAUAA